GGAGGCGGCCUGCGGAAGAGACCCCUGCCGCCGACAGCCAUUGGCUCGCGCGUAGCGCCGCCUGUGCCGAUUGGUCGGCGCAUGGGGCGCUGGGCUGGGCUCCGCCCUCCCUCUCCGCCCGUCCUGCGCCCCGCCCCCCCCCGGCAGAGCCGAGGCGAGUCUCUGAGGGAGAGAAGGAAGGAGCGGCGGCGGCGGGGAGGCAGCCAUGAGGGUCGCCGUGGACUUCGAGGAGUGCCUCAAGGACUCGCCCCGCUUCAGGUCCGGGGGGGGGGGGAGCCCGGGGCCAGCCAGCCCAGACCCCCGCGGGCAAAGGAAGGCGAGCCCGCCGCCUCUCCAGGGCCGCCUCCCCGCGGAAGCCCCUUGCUCCCCCGCCCGGGGACAGCCUCUCGCCGAGGGGAAGACGCCUCUCGGGGCCCCGCUCCACCUUCUCUGAUUCCGCACCCCCGAACUCGGCCCUCCAGCUGUUUUGGGACUGCAACUCCCAGCAUCCCUGACCACUGGUCCUGCUAGCUAGGGAUGAUGGGAGUAGGAGUCCCAAAACAGCUGGAGGGCCGAGUUCGGGGCUGCCUGCUCUUCAGGCUCGUCCUCCAGCGUGGGGGGGGGGGGCAGAGGGGGCAGCCUCCUCCUCCUCCUCCGGCUUCCCCUCUGAGGCAGCCCCAGCCUGUGGCAGACCUUCAGGGAGUGGGGUGGAGAUUGUCCCCAGGCCAGGGGCUGCUUGGGGGGAGAAGAGGCCAUGAAGCAGAUGGGGGCCUCCCUUGCCACAUUUGGCCAAGCCCAGCUGGGCUUUGGGGCUUAGGAGGACCUUGCUAGCCGGAUCCUUGCGGGGCAUCAGUGCUCACUUGGAUCCAGGCAUGGACAGGCUGAGUACCAAGAAAGGCCUGGGACUUUGUCUUGCGAGCCCUGGAGGGCGUUCAGCAUCAGGGUACAAAUGAGAAGCAUCAAAAUAAGUGGUGGAUCCUUUUGUCAAUAUAAAACUUGUAGGAAUCAUUGACUUCUCCUAAUGCUCAAAUGUUCUGAUGGACAUGUGACUCUUUCAUAUCUGUUAGACUGUAUUUGCUAAGUUACAGUGGAUGUUUCUGUGGAUGGUUUGUUGGUUUGUUUGUGUGUUUUGACUUCCACAAGCAGCAUUCAUCUUGAGCUCAGCUGCUCUGGAAUGCACGCAAGAAAUAGACCGGAACAGACACAAAUCUGUGUUACCCAUCUCAACCAACCCACAGUAAGCGGUGUGGGGGUCUCGCACACCAACCAGCCAACUCUACCUGAUUUUGGUUUCAUAUGUUUUUGAGCAUUUGGUAAAAGCACCUGGUGUGUCCUCAGUUUGUGGUUAGCCUCUUCAGAAGCUUUGAAAUAUAGGGGAAAGAACAACUGUUAGCCCUAUAUCCAAAUGCUGGAAGGUAACAAGAAUGUUGUCCCUUCAAUCUCCUACUCCCUGCUUGGCUAGUGGCCUCAGAUGCAUCCCGCCAUGGUGAUUCCAUCAUUUAUUUAGGCAUCUUGAUGGUUUCUUUUCUCUAGUUGCCUCAGGCAUCCCUGCCGCUCUUUCCUCACCUUCAGUGUUUCUCAUCUACACAAUGGGAUUUGUAAUGCUGGCCUCUUCCAUUGCAAUGUCAUUGAAUCCACUUUUCAACAUGUGGCUUUUCAGUCAGCGACUAUCAAGACAAGGAAAGCAGGAUAGGAAGUAGCCACAGUGGCUGGAGGGAGACCUGUGCAGCAGAAGCCACCCCCAGAUGUGAGUAAGGGACCGUGGCCCCCAGCGCAGGGAUUUAUGUCGGCUGCUUGGAUAUACUGAUGCAUGCCAUGCCUUAGUUAGACUGCAUCCCCCCAUAAGUAGCAGGGUGCCUUCACAGAGCCGAUAUGUUGGCUGUUAUGGAGACAUUUCUGCCCUUAACUUGCAGGGUGUACCCACCCUUCCUGUACUGCUGUGUGCUUAUGAAAUGUUUGGUCCCUCCCUUGCCAGACUGGACCACAGUGGCUCUUCUGGUCAUGGAGGUUGUCUCAGAUGGGUCACAGACUGGAGCUUGGAAGGAAAGCUAGAAGGAAACACCCAUGCAAGAGGCUGGCUUAUUCUGCAAACCGGCGGGUGGUUUCCUGCCAGACUUCUACCCACUUCAGUAUGUAAUUCUUGGAAUCUGGAGCUGAUCAAGUUUAGCUGUCCUUUAAAAUGGUUCCUUUUGCUGCUCGCGUUUGCCAAAUGAAUAGAGAUUUCUGUCUUGCUGUCAUUUUACCUGAAUACAGAGAAGCAAAGAUACAAAGCCGUUCACAGGGCAGGCUUCUCAGGGCUCCUGCUCUGCAGGUGUGAUUCUUUGUGUAAAGUUACCAGAGAAACGGUUCAGAUGGGUAACUGACAGGGAAAAUGGUCUCCAAGUUUUAAAACCCCUUGGAUGUGUAGCUGAAAUGGAGGAAGAAAAAAGGGCUGAGAGGGUUAUUUUUGCCAAGUACUUUGAGAUUUGCAGAAUAAGGCAGGCAUAGUAGAGAUGCUGUGUUGCUAUUGCAUGAUAAACUCUGGUUUAUUGUGAAGGAAGCCAGCCCAAGCCACAUUCAUUCCUGUACCUUCUCCCAAUCUGGCUUGAGGUUUCAAUGAACCACUUUCGCAUGGCAUCUGAACCUGACAGACUACAGUUUUUUGAAACAAGUCUGCUUUGUAACCUGUACUUGAAGUUGGCUUGUUUGAAGGAAACCAUAGUUAAGAUAAGCUACCAUUUGUCAGAUCUAGAUGAUGUUACAAGCUGUGUUUAAUCAGAAAUUGGAAGUUUGAGCUCCUUGUGGUGGCGCUGGAAGAGGAGGAGGGGUCUUGUGUGAGUCCAAGGCUUACUCAGCCUUCUUCUCAUCUUAAUAAACCAUAGCCUCUCCUAUCUGGAUACAGCCCUCUUGGUCUGUUGAUGAGGCUGGAGAAAUCUCAGGCACCACAAAACUGGAUUCAGGCAGCUAGGAAUUUUGCAGUCUCCCUCCAGGCUUCGCGGGUCACAGCCUCAGUUUCCUUCUGACAAAGACCAGUGAAACUAGACAAGAGAACAGGCCUUGAGUUGACCCAGUUGUGCAAAUGACGGAUGUCAAAUGCAGAAGUUGUUUCAGGGAGAGGCUCCAAGCAUCAAACCCUAACCAGUGUUGCUACAGAGCAACGCGUCAGCAAACUUUUGUUUGGAUUGCAAGGAGGAAGAUGCUUCUUCAAAGCACUGGAAAGCAGUACUUAAUCGGCCACAGCUGUAAGGCAGAGGGUGGGGAUGCUUUGUAAUGUGUCACUUGCCUUUUGUGCUCUAGUUCGGCGAGGGGGGGGGAGCCUGUGACCCUCCAGGAUGGUUGAUGGCAGUGAGGGGAGUUGUUGCUCGACAACAUCUUGAGGGACAAAAGUUCCUUGUCCCUGUGCUAGCCCAACAGACUGCAAAGACAAUCUUAAUUGGCAUUUUCAGAAGCAUAAGCUAUUUUAACUUGCAGCGAAAUCCAUUCUGUGAAUCCCUGCAACUUUGGGUAGCACUCUCCUCCCUGCGUUUGUCUUGCCCUCUUUUAAAGCCUUCCCAGUUGGUGCCCACCGCUGUCCUCAAGAAGGGCGCCAAGCCCUUGGGGGAGACUUUUCUGGGAGUGCGGUAGGCGGAAGCAGAAGUGUUGUCUGCCAAGAACUACUUAAGUUAACUUGCCUUAGGAUCCAAGCCUUUACUCCCAAAGAUAGACCCUCUUCUUUUUUUUUCUUUUUGUAAAUGUGUUUUACUGUUUUCAAAGAAAGAAAUUAACAGAUACAAACACUUCAAAAAAAAUCUAGAGGCAACAGGUAAGUCCCGAAUUUGAAAACUAAGGAGGGUACAUUAACCCAAAGAACUUAACUCACACAAGCUGAAGCAGUUUCUUGGUUAAAGGGACAGAGCUUCUGCUCCAUAAUGCUGUGGGUGCUGCCAGUGUGUCUUCAUGCUCUUGGGGCCCCAAGGGAAGAAGGAGGCUGCUUGACUGCCAGCCCAUCAUCCAGCCACUCUUCUGCACGGCUGGAAACGGAGGUGGCUUUGCAGUUGGUUGCUGCAGCCCUGCAAGUAGGACAGACUGUUUUGCAGAAUACCGACCCUCGAUACACUCACAUGCAAGGUGUCUCUCUGUGCCCCAUUUGGCAGUGCCCUCCCCAACCCCACAUAUAUCAUGAGCUGCCUUAGUGCUUCAGAUGCAGUGUUUUCAUUUGGCAAACAUUUAAAGCACACAGGGCAGCCAUGAAGACUAAGAAAGAUCCUCCCAAGCAGAGGCUGGGGUUUAAACGCAUGCUAGGAGCACGGGAAGCUGCCUUCUCCUGAGUUAGACCACUUAGCUCAGUGCUGUUGACACUGGCUGGCAGCAGCUCUCCAAGGUCUCUGGCAGGGAGGCUUUUCCCAGCCCCCCCGGAGGUGCCAUUGAGGAUGGAAGCUGGACCUGCGUGCAAAGCAGGCGCUGUGGGUGGACAGGUCUGACCCCUGGGCGCUUGACACUUGGCUCUCCUUUCUUUCUGAAAGGAAGCUGACUUCUGGCAGCCGGAUAUCUCUGCUUAUGAGAAAGUCCUUUCGGAGAGGAGGAGAGAAGGCGGCUUCCCUGACCGUUCUCUGCUCCGUUCGGAGAUGGAGCAAUAAUGACGUGCAUUGGGGACCCUUUUCCAUGGCAGAGGCUCUGUGUUCAGUUCACUCAGGUUGCUCUUUAUUGCGUACAUAAUCCAAUGAAAUACAGUUAGAGGAGCAAGCAUGGGGCGACUUUCAGUUUGAUUCCUGACUGAGGGGGUGAACUGGAGCAUUUCCGGACAGGCCUUGUGUUCUCCGGCAGUUUUCUGUGGAGUGUCACAGGCCAGUCUCCCUCCUGAUGCCUCCGUUGCUGCGGCAUUGGUUACAGUUACAUCAGUUUGUGUGGCGUCUUGUCCUUGGCUGCUCCUGCAGUCUUGGAUUGGUUUUCUCUGGUUUGUUGGUGCUGGAGCUCCUGCCACCCACUUGACCCCACUGUUUGCCCUUCGCCUGAGGUUUGCUCCUUGGAUGCUGCGCCUGAAAAGGGUGGGGGCCUCUGUUCAUAGCCAGGGGGGCAGGGGAUGGCGAACCAGGGUGGGAGGGAGCAGAGCAGCCCAGGGGCUGGACAACCUGCCUGCCCCCUUGCCCGCAGGGGCAUCAGUAGCUGCCCUCACUGUGUGGGGGCCACCCUUCCCAGCCUCUCCCUCUUGCCUGCCAGGGUAUAGCAUUCAGCUCUUACUGGGCCCUUUCCCUGGUUUUUAAUUGGGCACAUCUUUCGUAAGGUGUUUUGUGAGCCUAUUGGGAGGACGAAGCAGGAUAUCAGGGUCCUAAAUAAAACUUCUAAAACAUUCUGCCCAUUUGGGAAUCCUGGUGGCAGAAAAAGUUGAGCCUCCUUGCCGGCCUGCUCCAUUUGUUGCAGGAAAAGCAGCCAAGGGAAGGGGGGGGUGGGAUGGCAGAGCCAGGAGCUGCCUUUCUCUCAGAAACGCCUGCUCACCUCAGGCUGACUCCCCUCUCCUCAGCAGGCAAUUCCUCUGGCUUUCCGUCUGCAAAAAGCCAUUCAGGCAGGUGCUGGCUAAAGAGGAUUUCUAAACUUACCCAAGCACUGCUUGCCUUCUGAAGAUGCCCUCCCCCCUUCUGUAAGUAAAGAAAUGUGGCCAGGGCAUGGCUGGCAGCACCCUCAGAACCCUCCUUUCACGUGUCUGGGAUGUCCUCCGUUGGUUCCUGGUGCUGCUUGUGGGUCCAUCUGCUCCAGUUGGUUGUUCAAUGGGCUCCAGCCCUUCUGGACGCCACUGGUCCUUGAGGGAGAGCACAAACGGCUGUGGUUCAGGCCGGCUGGGGCCUCGUCACUCUUGUUAACGCCAGGCAAAAGGCACCUGCAGGUUGGCGCUUCUGCCAGAAGCAUCCCCACUCAGCCAGGUGGGGGUCCGUGCAUCACGGCUGGCCUGUGUCUGGGGCAGUCUCUUUGCAUGGUGCUUUCUCAAAGGAGCCAAGUGAAUAACAUUCACUUUCUGGCAGGCUGCUGAUGCCUAGGAAUAAUCAGAGUCCAUUUGCAUAGCUCUCCAGGAACAACCUUUGCUGGAUUUGAGAGGGCCUGCUUUGCAGCUUAGACCCAAAUGAACACUUUGCCUCUUUCCCUGCCUCCUCCCCAAUGGAAACAGUGAGAAGGGAGGAAUGACCCUUUGCUUCAUGGCUUUCGUCCCCUCUGGCCCACAGCUGCAGAGCCUGUCAGCUGUUUCCCGGCUGUGUGGUCCCCUGCAGCUGGACUGUGCAUCCCAGUUGUGGUGUGUGUGUGUGUGUGUGUGUGUGUGUGUGUGUGUGUGAAGAGACUUUCCUGGGUGGCUCUGCCCACUGGCUGCCUUCCUCACACUGAUCCUGCAGCUUCAUGGAGAUCAGAGUGUGGGGAAAGGGCUCUGUGUGAAAGGGGAAUCGAAAAGGCAAUUUUUUUAAAAAAAGGUUCUCAUCCUCCCUCCAAAUGGCAGGAGAGCCCUUUUCCACAAACGGGUUUGGCAGCAUCAUGCCUGGAGUGGGGAGAGUGUUUCUGUGGCACCCGGUGGCAAAUUGAGGUCCCACCUGGCAUUGGCAGUUGCUGUUGACUCCGCUCUGUGGAGGCAUCCUCUGAGAGGCGACUCGUUUAGCAAGCAGCCCUGAGUGCUUGGCUGCAGUUGUUGACACCGAAGCCUUCUCCUUCUCAGAGUUGGCGUGCAAACAAUGGGAAUCUGGCCAGACCUAAGUGGGGAAGCCAGUGCCACUGAAACUGCAGGGACUUCCAGGAGUGCCUGGAGACCAGGGCCCGAGUGCAGCGUGUCUCCCUCUGCUACACAGUCCCCCUCCACCCCGUGCCUCUUGGUUGUGCCAGGACGGAGCACCCCCAUCCCUCAGAUCCCUCCAGGGAGAUCCACUGUAAGCCUUUCUGAAGUUGAACUGGCUGCUUUGCGUGUGGUGGGUCUUCUGUUAGCAAUGGACGACUUUCCCAGGGAGUCUGGAGGGUGUGACAUCUCAGUCUGUUUCUUCUUGCAGGGCUGCUUUGGAAGAUGUGGAAGGAGAUGUGACAGAGCUAGAGCAGAAGCUGGACAAGGUGAGCAAACAUCACCUGGGCAGUUCCACCCCACCUUGCUCCUCAGAGGGUCCCUUAGGAAAAGGUUUGGGGAGGGAGAAGCAAAGUUCUGUUGCGGAAGCAUAAAUCCUUGCACUAGUGGAAGGGGGAUAUUGAAUGCCACCCUUUAGGCCCAACUCCUAGUUGAAGCCAGUUGUGCUCCUGGAACCUGGGGGACAACUAACUGCCAGUGAACUAUUGAGGUGGGCAUUGCCAUGCGGAACGCAACCAGUUUCUGGAAAUCGCAGGUGGGCAGAGUGGCUGCCGUUGUGCUCAGGUCCUGCUGGUGUGCUUCCCAUGGGGGGGGGGAGGAUCUGAAUGGCCCCUGUGAGAACAGGAGACUGGACUAGAUGGAGUGCCUUUGGCCAGAUCCAGCAAGAGGGCAGUAGGUUCUGUCCCAUCCAGCAUUUUCAUCUGCCAAGGUGGUCAGCCAGAUGUCGGAGGAAAAGGGCAUUUGCUCUUCUUUGCUGCAGAGUAGAUAUGUUGAGAGACGACCGGGGCCAUGAGAUAGGAAGACUCUGCUGCUUCUCUUUCAGUUAGUGAAGCUUUGCAUUGCGAUGAUUGACACGGGGAAGGCCUUCUGCCUGGCAAACAAGCAGUUCAUCCAUGGCAUUCAGGACCUGGCACAGUAUUCCAGCAAGGAUGCCCUCGUGGAGGUAAGUGCCCCUGCCAAGUGGGCUCAGAAGAGGAGCUUCGCCUUGCCUGGGGAACGGGGUGGGGGCUGCCCGCCUGGGCGCCUGAGUGUGGGCGGCGGGUGGAAUCCACAGCCCGUCCAGGGAGGAGCUGUUCCUAAGAGAGUGUAGGGACUUAAAUGGGCUCCCCAUUAAAUAUCUGUUGCUUUCAUCUCCUUAAGCUAAGCAUACUUGGCUCUUCAGCCUUCAAAUGGUAAAUAUAUCUGUUAGUUCAUGCUGACCCCUUGAGAGAAGUUGGAGAAGAGGAAUGUUUGCAAGAGCAGACUCCCACCCUCCCCUCCCGGCCCCCAGUGCAGCCGCAGUCUCUGCUGAUCCCUUUGGGAGAGGGGCUUCCCUGCUGUUCCCUGGGCAGGAAUAAUCUAUCUGGCCUUGUUGCUUCCUCUCCCCGCCCGCCCCCCUUGCAGACCAGCUUGACGAAGUUCUCCGACAGCCUCCAAGAGAUGAUCAAUUACCACACUGUAAGUUUCAGAAGUAGCUCCGCUUUUCUCCUCUAUGGAUUUAGAAAGCUGCUUGAUAAAGAUGUGUAAGUUUUUCUUCCCUGUGUUUCGAGGACACUCCAAGACACUUAGAAAUGAAAUGCCUCCUUAAAAGAUGUAGAAUCUCUCUCUCUCUCUUUAUUAAAAAAAUGUGUGUUUUGAAGUCCCAAUGGAGCGUGUAUGACUCGGUUGUUCCAGCUUCCUGGAACAUUGCAGCUCUUGGCACUCUCUCCCGGUUGCCUUGGCUGGCCAUCUGGAAACUCUGCCUCCCUCCCUCUGUCAGGCAUGGGGGUGAAUCUGCAGCCAGAGUCUGUGCAGGGCCUUGCACAUCUUAAUUUCUAGCCUCCUUAACACAGAGGCUUUGUCAGAGAUGACUCCUGCAGCCUCGUGGCAGCCUGCCGAAUGGUGUGGCUCUUUCUUUCAGCUGCAGCGAAAGAAGGAAGCGUCCGCCAUGCAUCUUCCCGGCAUGGGGGGAAAGAAGAGAGAUGGAAGGAAGUGAGGGGCUCUUCUCCCUCCCGCCGACAUUUUUGCGGCUUGUUUGCGCAGUCCCAGAGCAGGACUCUGGAGCUUAGAAACCCCAAGUUUCCAUCGCUCAGUGCCCCCUUGUGGAAGGCACAGGCAGCGCUAGUGGGGAUAGGCAGGAAGAACUUCAGUGGGGAGACUGGCUGGACGUUGGAAGGUGCCUUGGAGCAAGAGGCGUCCAGAGAGUCCCGGCAGCGCUUUUCCAAGGCUGAGAGGGCAUGUGGUGGGGGGUUCCUCCCUGGGGCGUCCUGCACGCAAGCUGUGGUCCGAGGGGAGCCUUCUUGGGCCCAGGCGCAAUGACUCUCCUUCUGGGCCUGUUUAGGAGGCUGUGGGUUGGGGCCCUUCUUGCUAAGCCGAGUGGAGGGGUGCGCAGUGUGUGGUCUUUGAGGCAGAGGCCAAGGGAGGGAGCCAGGUGGGCCCUGGGGUUCAGCGCAGGGCUGCAGCUGCUCCUCUGGCAGGUGCUUUGCGCCCCCCCCCCCGCAGCCUCACUCCUGUUGCGCCUGCCUUCCGUUUCUGAUCCUAUUUGGGAAGGGGGAAAUCCAGGGCCCAUGAAAGGUGGGGGCUUUAUGUUCUUUUUUUUUGCUAUUCAGUCACCUGAAAGAUGUGGGUCCAGCUGAAGGGGCUCCAUUGGAAGAAGGAAAGGAGGAGCGAGGAGAGGCCUUGGGAAGCCUUGAAUGUGGGGCUCCUCCAAUUGAGCAGCUUGCAGAGCAUUGGGCAUGGGGGGGGGGGAGCCAGUACUGGCAGAGUGGGGCUGGGUUGGGGGUUCACUGGGCUGCUGCAGCAGAACUGCUGGUCCUUGGCGGGGGUAGGCCUUUCUCUGGCUGGUCUGUUGAGUCAUAAAGCUAUUCCUGUCCUCUCUUUUGGUCACUGAAUGGGGCCCCCAAGGUGGCUUAUGGCAUUAUAAUCCUACAGUAGCAAAUGCUAAAGAGCGAGCAUCAAAUGGUGCUAAAGAAAAUGAGCCAGUGGGGAAGGGUGGGGGUCACAGUCCCGAGAUAAAGCCGACUGCCUAAAGCCCUCCAAGGCUCAUGGAGCCAGCCGUGAAGGUGAACAUUGAUACUGUGUGCUGAAAAAUAGUUCUGCAGCCAGUGAAGUUGUUCAGGAGCUGCUGAGCGAUAUUCCCUUUGGCAUGUCCUAGUCACCAACUGGGCAGCUGUGUUCUGGACCAGUCGCUGCUGGAGCUGUCUUCAAGGGCUGCUCCAUAGGCAGCCCAUGGCAGUAGCCUAACCUGGAUGCCAACAGUUCAUGCAUGGCAGAGGGCAGGCAGCCUCUGUUAUUUGUACCUUCUCUGGCUCCAUGGUGAGCUUGCCGUAUAAUCUGAAACAUCCUUUGAGUUUAAAAAAGAAAAGGGAAAGGUGGCAAAUCGCAGCAGCUCAUUCUCUGGGAUCUGUUGCCUGGGGACCCUUAGAGAACCGGCAGGAAGAGGAGGCUAGAGGUACUGGGGCCUGGAGGGCCUUUGAGCCUAACUCUCAAGCAUUUCCUCCAUUUCAGAUCCUGUUUGACCAAACACAAAGAUCAAUUAAAGCGCAGCUUCAGACGUUCGUUAAAGAGUAAGUAAGACUUGUGCUUAAAGAGUCUUGGUGGUGGGGGGGUCAGGCUUCCAGGAGGGGCUGUGGGCCAGCCUUGAGUAGAGGUUGCAUAUCUUCAAGGUUUCCUUGUCCCUUGGGCAUGCAGAUGGUGUGAGAUCUUGCCUUACCAUGGAGUUUUCCCAAGACUUCUGAUGCUGGAGAAGAGGCAUCCCCAAACUCGGCCCUCCAGAUGUUUUGGGACUAGAACUUCCAUCAUCCCUAGCUAACAGGACCCGUGGUCAGGGAUGAUGGGAAUUGUAGUCCGAAAACAUCUGCAGGGCUGAGUUUGGGGAUGCCUGCUGGAGAAGGAGCAAAAGCUUUUCUGCAAUGGAAGCCAAAGCCCAGCCUGGGUUGGGCUUCCUGUUUGUUCCUCUGCUGCUCCUGAGCCACGAUGGAAGUGCCAGGCCUCGUUCUGCUGAGCCCCCUCCCUUGCCCCCAGGUAGGCACUCCUUUGCCCGCUCUCUGUCUGCUGUGCCCUCCCCCGUGCUGUGCUGUGAAGGGCAGCUGAUGGAGGGGAGCCCUGUGUUUCCUUUGCGCUCUAGAGAUAUCAGAAAGUUCAAAGAUGCCAAGAAGCAGUUUGAGAAAGUCAGCGAAGAGAAGGAGAAUGCCCUGGCCAAGAACGCCCAGGUCCCACGGACCAAGCAGCACGAGGUGGAAGAGGCCACCAACAUCCUGACGGCCACCCGGAAGUGCUUCCGCCACAUCGCGCUCGACUACGUCCUGCAGGUGGGCCGCCCUCGGGGGCUUUGGGAAAGGGCCACGGAAAUGUGUUGCUGCAAGAGGGUCUUGCUUGGCUUAGCAGGAGAUCCGGAGGCAGGCGGAAGCGAAGCCCAGGGAGAGCCAGGGAGAGAGAGGGCUGGCAGUCAGGCCUUGGCUGUGGGCGGGUGAAGGCUCUGAGCAAGUCAGGAGAAGCUCAGCAGUUACCUCUAGUGACUUGGGUAUUCUCCAUGAAGCCCCCCACUGCCGGAAUUGGCGUGGGGAGGGGUCUUUGUGGGAGGCUCGCCAGGGGCCAGAGCUGGAGCUUCUAGUCCCGUUUCUGAUGGAGAGGCCUUCUCCACUUUCUCUGAAGUUGGCUGUGAGCAACACCUCCAGGUGAAGUAGCCCACUGAACCCCUUCAAGAAGCCAGGAUAGGUGGAAGGCCAGCUGCAGGGGGAGGAGAGCCUUGGGAGGGGGGCGUUCUGCCUUAUUUGCUUGCCCUGGUUUUACGGAUUUCUUUGUUCUUGAUGUCCAGAAAGAGAAAUGUGCUUCUUUAAAAAGUAGCUUUGACUGUCCUUCCCAAAGUUAGUUGCCCUUCUAGCAGCCUCACCUUGACUGGUGCAGGAAGAGGAAGCUGGAGCGUGUCGGGUGGCUGAACAAAGGGCUUUGGGGAUGGAACCAUAGGAAAGGGAAGGGUCUCUCAAAGCUGCAGAAAGGAGACCCAAGUGGGGAAUCCUCCCUGGCUUAGCUGGAGAGAGCUCUGGCUUGGAGAGGAGUCAGGCCAGUCCUCUUGGGAGGCCAAUGAGCCACCCACCUUUGCUGGAACUCCGGUGCUCUGGGGCUGCGGGCCCAGCGGGUGUCUUGCAAACAAGAAGCGUCCCAGCGUGCCCAGGUGGGCUUGAGCUGGUCUUGAGUUCCCCAUCCUUCUGCUUGUUUUGUGACUCCUGCUGCCAGCCUUGCGCUGCUGCUGCAGAAGCUUCUACCUCUUCCUUCCCACGCUCUGUUGCUGGCACAUUGACACAAUUCAUUUUGCCCCCUAGAUUAACGUUCUUCAGUCAAAGAGGAGAUCAGAGAUCCUAAAAUCGGUAAGCUUCUCAUGCCCCCACCAGGAAAUACUGCAGGCUUGGAACUGAUGGGCGAAUGUGUCCCUGAGGGACCUGGGUCUAGUGCCGGGCCUCGCUCCUGUGGGAGCUGCUGGACUGAGUGGCUGUUUGCGUGGGGCCAGUUUUGCCAGGAGUAGGAGGGCAGAGGGAGGGUGAUGAGAGCUUGGCAUCGAGGGCGGAGCGUGAGGGAUGCCGGAAGCCCCCUGAGACCUUGCCUCUUCCUCCCUGCCAGAUGCUGUCCUUCAUGUAUGCCCACCUGGCCUUUUUCCAUCAAGGCUACGACCUUUUCAGUGAACUUGGACCCUACAUGAAAGACCUUGGAGCUCAGGUAACGACUGCAGUGGGUGGCUGGGUCUCUCUCCCGGGAACGGAGCUGGCCUUCAUGCUCUCUCCUCCUCCUCCUCCUCCUCCGCUGCUGCUCCUGCCGUGAGAAGGGCUGGCCGGGCAGCUGGCUCUGGAGCGGCUCAGGCGGCAUGAGUCAUCCUUUUCUCCAGCCAGCCCUUGCGCUGCACCAGCCCCACCGCAGGUCCCUGGCACCUUGGCUAUUCUGGGAAGCCAACUCCUUGGAGCAGCGGCAGGAAGCGGGCAGGCCCUGCCCAGCCUCAGGUCGGGAAUCUGGCAGGUAGGCUGCCUGGGGAGGGGGGCACCCUGGCACACCGAGCAAGGCGCCCCACCUCUCUGGCCCUGGAGGUACAGGAGCCUGCACUGCCAACUCUCUUCCUUUCUUGCAGCUUGAGAGGCUGGCUGUAGAUGCUGUGAGGGAGAAGAAGGAGAUGGAGCACAAACACUCCACCAUUCAGCAAAAGGUACUGCAGGGGACGCAGGAGGCAGCCAGUCCACCCGCUUGGUCUCUCUCUUCUGGCUGCAUCGAAAAAGUUUCCCAGUGUGCUCCCGCUGCCUGCAGGGCUUCCAGGGCACUCUCCCAGGCCCCAGCCCCCCAGCCCCAGCUGCCCAGGGGGCACUAUGGGGAGGGAGAAGCCAGGGCUGCCCAGGUCCUCUGUGGAUGCCCACUCUGGCCCUCCAGUGAGGCCAAGGUGGCCGCCUGCCACUCGGCGGGACCAGAGUCUCUCCAGCCGCUAACGGAAGCUGUCUCUGUAGAAACAGUUAGGCUCUUAGAAGGUUGUCACAUGUGUUGAGCUGGACUGGGUGCUGUUUAUUUUUAAAUUUAGGAUUUGCCUUUUACAUGUUUGUCAAGGCGAUUUACAAACAUAGUUAAAAAUAGUUUUAAAAACAGUACAACAACUCCUCCCCAGAAACAGUCACAGAGAGGUUUGAAAACACCACUAUUGUUAUUGCUUUUGAGUCUUGGCCCUUGAAAAUGUAAGUAAGCAGCCCAUUCUGAAGCUGGUCUUGGGAAGACCAAGGCAAAAGAGAACCAAAGUAGUCCAAAUUUAUCUUCUGUACCAUGAAAAUAAAUAAAAACAGUAUUUUAAAAGCGAGAGAGGGAGAAGCAAAGGACUUUCCGUCCUAGUGGCUGCUGCGUUUUGGGGGGAAUUCGGAGGUGUCCUCUGCCUCUCGGCUUUCUCAGGGCACAGGCAGGAUUCUGCUUUCCCGCGUGAUGGAGCUGCAGAUCCCUGGGACUGUGCACUGCUGAGAGCUGCUUCUGGAGGACCCCAAAGGGACAAACUCUGGUCCUCUGACUCAGGUGGCCGCCUGCCUCUUUCCACCAACCUGACCCAGGAGCUGCCCUCCAGUUGGGUUCAGACUCCCAAUUCUCCUUCCCCGCCCAAGGCAGGGCUGUGCAGGAUUUCUUGAGUUGUGGGGCUCAGCUGCCCCACCAUCUCCCCCACAGCUGCCGUCCAUGUCAGCUUGCAAGGGGAACCCUAACAGCUUGCCCUAGAAGGGCAAGCAAGACCAGGAAGAGUCAAUUUCUUUGUGAAUUAAGCCUUCAGGCGUGAAGAGUCUCCGCUGUACCUGCCGUCACCAGAAGGGAGACUGGUGCCCCAUAUGCUGCCGCUCACUUUCCACUUCAUGGCAGACUGUCGUAUUUUGGGGUGAGGGGGGCCGGCCUGGGAGAGGUGCCCCAUCUUGCUGCCCUUGUUGAGCAAGGUGCCUCUUUUCUGCCAGGACUUCGCCAGCGAUGACCCUAUGCUAGAGUACAAUGUGGAUGCCGCCAGUGGCAUCGUCAUGGAAGGCUACCUCUUCAAGCGAGCCAGCAACGCCUUCAAGACCUGGAACAGGUACCCGGCUUCCACUUUGGCCUCCUCCUCUUCCUGCUGCUACCACUGUCUGUGGCCUGGGCUGGGCUUUGCUGUGUGCUCCCCCAAUACAGGCUGCUCUCUUCCCCUUCCCACUUGUGGCUCUCUGGCCUCUGGGGCAGAUGCAUCACCUUCUGUCGCCUCCCCUCCCCUCCCCACAGGACUAAUCCCUUUAACAGCACAUGGAGGGGGUCACAAAUUUGCACCCCUAGUUUUGCUGUCAGUGAGCUUCUCUCCGCUGGGAUUUUUUGAUCAUCAUGAAUUUUUCUGCCCAAAUCCCCUGUUAACCAUCAUCAAUGGGGAAAGGUGGGCCUGGAAUGGUGGGUAUGUGGGGUGCAGGCUCCCUAGGAGGGUCAGGGUGAGUUCACAGCUCCCGGCGGGGGGGUCUGCUGCACUUUAUUGCCUGCCACUUUUCAGUGGGAGCGUGGCAUUACCUGCCAAAAUCAGAUGGAGGCGCUGUGUGUGCCUGUCGGCUUGGAAGCUGCCCCUUGAGGCCAUGCCGCCCUCACCCGCCCUGCUGGCUGCCUUGCGUUGCCCUUUGACCCUCAGCUCAGAAAUAAGGAGAAGAGAGGCGGUGGGGGCUGUUCUUUCCCCCCAUGAGAUCUUCUGCAGCUUGCUAUUUCCAAAUGGGACCAUGCUCUUUCCCUGCCUGCCUGCCCCAGUCCAUACUGCCUCUUGGAUGGGCACUGACUUCCCUGAGCCAAAGGAGCGUGCAGGACCCUCAUGGAGGCCUCGCCUGCUGCCAGGUGCCAGCAGCAGCGUCUCCCGGCGUGUCCUGCCCCUGGGUCAUGUUUCCUUCCUUGCCAUGCAAGCAGCAGGGGAGUGUCUGCCCAAAUCCUUGCCUGGUGGGGAUUUUAGUAAAGGAAUGAAUUGAACUCUUUUCCCUAUUGGGGUCUGGGUCAACCCUUUGCCAGGCUGGCAGUGAGCUUAAAAGUCCAGAUCGGGCCUUGUUGGGAAAGAAGCCAGACUUGGGCCUUGUUCUGUGCUUGGUGUGUCCCUUCAAAGGGUCAAGCAGGGGCUGUUUCUGAGCUCUGGCCUGGCAAGUGGAGGGCUCUCCGUGGUGAAGGAGUGGCUCUUGCCUUGCCCAUUGCGUCCUUUGCAAGAUUUCCAACCUGCCCUUUGCCACGAGGUUCCAGGAAUAUCUGCACCUUCGGGAAGCAUGGGUGUCUGAGCCCUUUGAGGUGUGCGUAGUGGCUUCGCUCCUGGGGGGCAGGAGGGUCUACCGGGGAGAGGGCUGCCUUGAGGAUGGAAGGCUCUCUCCAGAGAUGCCUGCCUGGCACCUGCCUUGUCCUCCCGGUGCUAGCCAAAGAGCAGCUGAGGCAAAAUCCCAAGUCUCUUGGUCUGGCAUCAUCUGGCUCAUCAGAUCUUCCUUUCUUUCUAAGACUUUGUUUAUUAUUGUUCUGCUUUGUGUUUAGCUCUGUUUUAAUUGUGUUUUCCUUUUACAUAAGCUGCCCCUGGGAUUCCUGUUGAAGAGGAGGGGGUGUCUAGAGGUUUCUUUAGUUGCAGAGAGUUCCCGCAUUUUCUUUCCUGUGUGUGUCUUGGAGGGCUCCAGGUUGCAGCAGCUCCCUAGCCGCUCCCUGGGGUUCCUUGGCUGCCAUAAGAUGGCAACAAGAAAGAGAGAGAGGCCCUGCGGCUUAGCCCUCCCUACCUGGGUCAGCUGAAAUGGGAUGCCUUUGCUUCCUCUUCUGCUCUGCUCUCUGCUUAAUUGUUUGCGGGGGGCUUUGUUUCUUUUUAACAUGUUCAUUUCUUCACCUCCUUUCCCCCACCUAACCCUCCCCAUUUUCUCCACCUGACAGGAAAAAGCCCGAUGGCAUCAGGUACCAGCCAGAUUCCGGCAUCCUCUCCCUCCCCUCCUUCCUCUUCCUCUUUGGCCCAGCAUGCAAGCUCUGAAUCUAACCCUUAACCCUUUUCGCUCCAACAACUUGCAAUGGAUGGCAAACCACGUGUCUCCGUCCCCCUCGGGAGUAACGGCCCCUCCUGCUGCUGCUCCAUGGCUGAAGCAGGUUUGGUGGUUUAGGAUCCCCCCCCGCCCCGGUGUAUGAGGGCUGCCCUUUUCUGUGAUACAAGAGGGGGCUGGCAUUUGGUAGCUGCAGUGGGUCAGAAUGCUGUAGGCUCCGCCUCUGAGGAGGGGCUUCUCUGGAACCAGCGGAAAGCUGGCUGGGAUCUCCAGGGACCCUGAAGUAUUUUCCAGCUCCACAGCCGGCGUUGUGCCCUUUUCCGUCUUGGCUGCUGCCCCCCCCCCCCAGCAGUGCAGGAUAACUUUCCCACUUCCUUCUCACUGCUCAGAUCCAAGAGGCGCAGCCCUGGGGUUAGAGUGGAGCUCCGGGAUCUCUGGCUUGCCACAAGGGGCUCAGUUCCUGCUUGCUCUUCCCAGAAGAAAGGUUUCCCUCUGAGGCUGAGUGAGCUUCUGGCCAAUGGCAAUGUAAUGGGGGGUCUGGGGAGGGAGAGGCUGCAGUGAUGUCUCAAGGUCUCCCAGCUGCAGCUCCUGCUGCACCUCCUUUCCCCUCUCCCCCCCCCCCCGGCCCUUGCAGCUGCUGACCCAGCUCUCCUGGCCACAGCGGAGGGGUGGAGGUAGACACCCAUUUGAGGGGCAACCCAAACAUGGAGUUAGUUGGGCUGCAGCCUCUGGACCAACCCCAAGGGGAGCCCCACCUCUAGCACAUUGCAGCAAUCCAGCCAUGAGGCUCCCCACGCAUGGACAGCUCUGGUCUAGCUAUUUGGAUGUGGGUCCCAGCACUGGAUGAAGAGCAGUCACGGCCAUCUUUGCAGCACAGCAGCAUCAUGCGAUGCUCAUUCCCCAACAGAUACAUACUCACACUCUCUCUCUUCAAGACUGACCAGGGUCUGGUGACUUCCCAGCAAAACAAGGGGGGCAGGCAGUUCUGCUACAAACAAAGCUAGAGUCCCACCCCCUCUUGGCUGGAGGGUCCCUCUCCUGACCGGCCCCAUAAGGAGGAAGCCUGCAGGCCUGCCCACCUGCCCCCCCCCCCCAUGUUUCCUGGCUGCCGUUCUGCGUUUUGCCCCAUUGCACAUUGUCGCCCCCCCUUGCCUUCGCCCCUAGGCAUGGAGGACCUGCCUUCUUCUUUUCUGUCUGCCUGGACUAGAUGCUUGAUCUUACUACUUUCUCCUCCAAACAGCAAACGUCUUGGUGUGUUUUGAAACACAGCCAUCUUAAAUCUGGGCUGAUGAUUAACCUUGUGUAGGCCUAAUGUCUGGAGUGUUGCUUUGGAAUAAUGAAGUGUGUUAAGAUACAGUGGAACAUGGUGGAGAGUCUCGCGCUGAGCCUCCGGGGACCACGCGGCCUUCGCUUGCUCUCCUCUGGGGCGUUGUCAGGGCUCGAUCUUGUUUAGGCGAGAGCCGCCUCUGGAUUGUGGAGCGGAGGUGCAGCAUUGACCAGAACUGACCGUCUCAAAACCUGCAACUCUCACCGUUAUUGUUUGCCAGACAGUGCAAGGAUCUCCCCAGCUUCAGGAAGCGAUGCUGUAGGGGUCGCCUGCCAUCUCUGUAGGGCAGACCUAGAGGCCCUUUCUGCUCUGGUGCUUCAGAGGCUAGGUGGGGGCAGGCUUAGGGGGUCAUCUUGGUCUUUUUCCUGUUUUUUCUUUUAUUUAUUGCAUUUCUAUCCCUCCCUUUUCUCCAUGGAGCUCAAGGUGACAUAGACAGGCCUCCUCCUCCUCCAACUUGGAACAAGUGGGAGUCAGACAUCCAAAUCCCCCCAGGAGCUUCUCUUUCACCCGGCUUUGGCUCUGCCCCAUGGCGGCCAUGCCCAGAGCCCCAGAGCCCUGGCCUGAGCUGGGCACUCUCUCCCUCCUUCCCUGUGCCUAUGAAGAGCAGGUGAGGCACUUUCAAUGCGCAAAACACUCUGACCGCUCCUGUGGCGUUUGUCCCGCCAGCCACCAUAGGCAGAAGGCUCUGCUAAGGCUAGUGGUGAUUUGCUGAAGCCCCCCCCCCCCCGAGCCAGGCCCCGUGCUCUCUGCGUUGGUGGACUGGGGUGCUGCUGCCGGGGAGGGUUGCAGCUGCUGUGUGCCCAGGUCCUCUCUCUUCCUGGCUCCCCGGUUCCUGCUGCCAGGAGAGGGCUGUUGAUUUUGCUCCCUUCGCUUGUGCAGGCGCUGGUUCUCCAUCCAGAACAAUCAGCUGGUCUACCAGAAGAAAUUUAAGGUGAGUCCUGGGGAAGCAUGCCUGGGGAGGGGGGCAGAAGCCCAGGGGAACAAAGUGGGGGACAGAAAUGUCUGGGGCUUUGAUGGCCCAGGUGUGAGAUGUGGCUGGAGAUCCUUUGGGCUCAGCAGGCAGGAGGGGCCCCAAAGGGGGGGUUCUGACCCCCAUGCCUUGGGGACUGAUUUCUUUGGGCGCACCCAAGGAGAGCUGGGAUGCCUUAAGUCUUAAGAGACCCUCAGGCAGCCUUCAUCCGUGGGGUGCCCUCUGGGCGCUGCCAUCCUCCUCCUCCCAUCGCAGGAGCAGAGGAAGCUGCCUUAGGCCAGUGGCCGGACUUGGUGUAUCUGGCUGAGCCUGCCCACACUGACUGGCAGCAGCGUCUCUCCAGGCUUUCUGGCAGGGAGUUUCUUGCAGCCCCACUGGGGACUGAGUGUGGGCCCCAUGGAGCUGCCGGGGCCCUUCUCUCAUUUCUGUCCAGAGGUGUUCCUGGCUGAGCUUCCCUCAGGCUUGGCUGGAGGCCCACGUCCUCUUCCUUUCUCCCCAGGAUAACCCCACGGUGGUGGUGGAAGACCUUCGGCUCUGCACAGUCAAGCACUGCGAAGACAUUGAGAGGCGCUUCUGCUUUGAGGUCGUCUCCCCAACCAAGUAAGGGGGCCUUGGAAGGCGAUGGGAGAGGCGGGGGCCCCUUCGGAUGAUGAAGCCAGAGAGGGAGAGAAUAGCCGAGGGUGGGGUGGCUCUGGGGGCAGAAGGGCCAAUGCGGGGGGAGAAGCAAGGGGGGAGAGGACAGAUAAGUCAACCGUCGUCAUCUAGGCUCAUCGUCAAUCACUCUUCUAACUUUUGGUGGGAAGGUUCAGUGAAUAGUUGCCAAAGUAGUGAAAUAAAAUAUAUUCUAAAAGUUAGCUGAUAACUCAUAUUAAAGUAAGAUGCCAUGUCAGUUUUUUUGUUUCAACAUGUGUUUAAAAUAGAAAUUGGGCCCAAAUUUGGUUUAUUUUAACUAUUUGACACACACCCAAAUAUGGGCAAAGGGGCAGAAGCUGCCUUUCCUCCUCCUCUUGUCACUUGGCAGGCGGUUUUGCUUUCUUGGGGGGUUUUGCAGGCCUAUCUCGGCUCACCUGGCCCAGCUUCCUGCUGCCCCCAAGCUGUGAGCGAGGGGGAAGGCGGCAGCUCAGGGGCAGAGCAUCAGCCUUGCUUGCAGGAGGUCAGUCCCCAGGCUGGACUGAGGUCCCCUGAGCUGCCUCUCCUUGUUCCUGAGGCUCAGCUCUGGGCUGGCUGUGCCAGGGGGCCUUGGCAGAGGCUCAGGCGGUGGAGAUGGGCAGGAGAGGUGUUGGUCCGUGUGGACUUGCCCUGCCAUCUGGAGGCUCCUUCACCAGUCUUUGCUUGGGGACUCUGGAGCAGCUUCUUGGGGCCCUCACGGACACAGACCCACGUGGCUGUCCAUGCAUGAGGGUCCUGGUUGCCCAUCCAGGGCGCUUGAUGGGUGGUCGGGGCUUGCAGGCACGGUUGGUGCGAGGCAAACUGGCUCUAGGCGUGCUCAGCACCCACCUACCUGUCUUUCUUUCUUUCUUUCUAUAUUUAUUUAUUUAUUUCUCUCCCUCCCUCCCUUUCUCUCUUCUCUCGUCUCUGUCUGUCUCUUGCAGGAGCUGCAUCCUUCAGGCAGACUCGGAGAAGCUGCGGCAAGCGUGGAUUAAGGCGGUGCAGGCCAGCAUUGCCACGGCCUACAGGGAGAAAGGGGACAGCACAGAGGCAAGUGGGAGAGGAGCCCUUUCUCCACCAGCGCAAGGGGCAGGGCAGCCUUGCGAAGAGAAGAGCAUCACAAAGGGCUCUCUAGGUGGCACAGCCUCCUGCUCUCCCUGCAGUGAAGCACACGAGGACUUAAGCUCCUUUUAGUGGAUUCCCUUCGGGGCCCAGAGGAGGGGCCCUCCCUGCAGCUGCAGAAGAGGAGCUAGGGGGAAGGAAGGCCUUCAGUGGCUGCUGCCUGUGUGGGGCAGAUAGUGGGGGGCUUUGCCUUUUUGCCUUCUGCAGUCUGGGCUGCAGGCACAGGCGCCCAGAGAGCUGCCCAGGGGAGCCCAGCUGCAGGAGGAGGAGGAGGAGGCAGUCCUUGACGUCUCGGCUGUGGCGACUUUGCAGAUUGGCGGCUGUCACACGAGUCCCUCUUUCUGCUUUUCUCCAGGUGGAGGGGAAGCCGUCCCCUUCCAGGGGGAGCCCGGAAACGGGUGCAGAACCCAAAGAGAAGCUGCUGAAAGGAGAGAGCUCUCUCCAGAGGGUGCAGAGCAUUCCCGGCAACGCUGUCUGCUGCGACUGCGGCCUGGCAGACCCCCGGUGGGCCAGCAUCAACCUGGGCAUCACGCUGUGCAUCGAGUGCUCUGGCAUCCACAGGUGGGCAGGCCGGCCAGGCUGGGCAGCUCAAGCCCCACACCAGGGAGGGAGGGAGGGAGGGAGGGGACACUGCCCGAUUUCAGGCUCAUUCUCCCUUUUUCCCUCUGCUCAGGAGCCUGGGUGUCCACUUCUCCAAAGUCCGCUCCUUGACGCUUGACUCCUGGGAGCCAGAACUGCUCAAGGUAUUUGCCCAGCAGGUUGGGGCAGAAGAGAGCUGCGAGGAAGCCCUCCUCCUCCUCCUGCCCUUUGGGACCUGGGGGCAGCCCCUGGGGCCACAUGGGCCUGGGAAGGGAAGAGAAGGCCCUCCUUCGAGGGCUCAGGGGCUGUCUCCGGGGGCAGGGGGGAGAGACCAUCCUGCGCAGGGUCCUACGGGUGGCAGGGAACAUAAUAUUCACCUGUAAAAAAUUAUACCAGGCAGGGUAACAUUUGCAUACUUCAGAGUUGAAAUUGUGCUGUUGACAUGAAAUGCAAUUGGUCUUUUUUCUUUAAAUACUUAGGAAUUGGUUGAACAAUUUAUUUCGUAAAAAUUCACUGCUUGAUUGCAGGAAAAAAUCCUCAAAGUGGAAUCCUUGGUGUUUGGGCUUUUUCGGCUGUGGCUCCAAUCUGGUGGGACACUCUGUCACAAGAGACUAGGGCCCUGCAGGACCUGACAUCUUUCCACAGUGCCUGCAAGACAGAGUUGUUCCACCAGGCCUUUGGUUAGGGCGCAGCCUGACUCCCUCCUCUGGCAACCUGCACAGAAUUUUGCUUAACGGUUGCCAUCAAUUUGAUUUUAAUUAAUUUUUAUAAUUGAAAUGUUUUUAGAAUGUUGGAUUAUUUGAUUGUUUGAUUAUUUGAUUGUUGUUAGCCGCCCUGAGCCCGGCUUCGGCUGGGGAGGGCGGGAUAUAAAAAAAAAUUAUUAUUAUUAUUAUUGUUUGCAUUAAGCCACUGCCAUUUUGGGGGUAGCACAGAAGACUUUAUAAGACCUGUAAGGCAGACCAGGCCUUUCUGGUACAGAAUUGCCUGUGCCCAUUGCAGUCAGUGGCCUUGAGGGCAUAAAGGGGCUUCCGGUUUCAGUGAGCCCCCCUCCCCCCUGUGUCUGGUCUUCUCUAUCCAGCCAAUGGGAAGGAGGCAGGCUGUGCCCACGGCGGCUGACGGAUGCUACCCCCCCCCCCCAGAACCCGGGAUGCUUUCUGCCUGACCAAUGAGGUGCCAUUUAAGAGCAAAGGUGACCCUGGGCUGGUGCUGCCCUUCCUUUCAACUCUCCCUUCCUUUCGCUUGCAGCUGAUGUGUGAAUUGGGAAAUGAGGUCAUCAACAGGGUAUAUGAAGCAAACGUGGAGAAGACAGGCGUCAAGAAGCCUCAGCCUGGAAGCCAGAGGUAGGCGGAGGGAUCGUAGGAUGGUAGAGUUGGAAGAGACCACGAGGGGCAUCCAGUCCAAGCCCUUGCCCAACAUGGGGCUGGAACCCAAAUUUAGAUGUGGAUUUUUAGCAUAUUUUUCAAAAACAACAACACACACAUAUCUAAAUACCUCCAGGUAUAGGGUGGCAUAUAAAUUCAGCUAAUAAUAAUAUUAAUAAUAAAUCCCCUUUGUUGUAAAAUAUGCAUUUUAAAACAUGUUUUGUUAUCUUUUGAGGGCCCAAGUACUUGGUGCAAUGCAAAAUUCAGUGCAGUGCAAAAUCUGAGGGAGGAACUUCAUUCCGACCCCCGUUCUUAUUCUGAGAGAUGCAAGAUUGAUUUGUUUGGGGAUUUGCAAGCUCCCUGAGCCCCUGCAAGGCAGGCCAGGAGGCGCCGCAGAACACAGCCCCCCCCCCCGCCCCCCCCCCGGAGACACACAGCCCUGUGUUCUCAUCUGGCCUCUUCCCCUUGCGCAGGCAGGAGAGGGAGGAGUACAUCCGCGCCAAGUACGUGGAGAAGAGGUUUGUGGAGAGGUGUCCUGCUGCCUCCGGAGGGAAGCCUCGCCCUCGGAGCCAGGGGCCUCAAAGGCACAGCGGCAGCCCGGAGGGGAGAGCCGAGGAAGAGGAGGCCCCCCCAACAGCCAAGGAGCAAAUGGCGGCAGCUCUGAGAGGUAGGGGCCCCUUCCGCCGAAGUGCCACGAGAGGCUCUGUGUGGAGGAGCCAGAACUCUCCUCCUUUCUCUGCCCCCCUCUUCUGACUUCCAUCCCUCCAGGAAAUAAGAAACAGAGUCCGGAUCAUGUGGACGUUCUGCCUUCUCAAGGAAAGGGAGCGUUUGCUCUUGAGCGGCCUCCCGAGGGAGGCGGGCACUGCCCAGGCAGCUUGAGAGGGAGGCAGUGGGAAGCCUUGCUGGGGGGCAGGCCUCGCUCUGGGGUGGAAGGGGAGCACGGGCUCCUAGCCCAGUAGAGAGCCAGUGUGGUGUAGUGGUUAAGAGCGAUGGACUUGUAAUCUGGGGAAUUGGGUUCGCGUCUCCGCUCCUCCACAUGCAGCUACUGGGUGACCUUGGGCCAGUCACACUUCUCUGAAGUCUCUCAGCCCCACUUACCUCACAGAGUGUUUGUUGUGGGGGAGGAAGGGAAAGGAGAAUGUGAGCCGCUUUGAGACUCCUUAGGGUAGUGAUAAAGCGGGAUAUCAAAUCCAAACUCCUAGCAGUGGGGGGGGAGCCUUGUGAAGACCCAGGUGGGUGCAACAUGGUAAAGUGUGGUGGGCAAGGGGCUUCAGGUGGGCUCUGCCACUGCUGCGGAAAGGACCAGUGGGGCGAAUGUGGGGAGAGAUGAACAAGGGGCAGUCAGGAAUUCUCCUAGGUUUGCGCAAGGCUGGAUGAAGUGCAGAGAGGUCCUGUUUCCUGCAGAAGCUCCCUGGGUGUCAUUCUGGGAGGGCUGUUGUGCCUCUGCUGCCCACCCUGUACUAACUGGCUGCUUCUCCUCCCUCUCCUCCUCCUCCUCUUCCUCCUCCUCCUUUCCUUCCUUCCUUCUUUCCUUCCUCCUGCCUGCUGGGCUCUGCUUUGCUAACUUGCAUGCCCCCAGGGGUUGGUGUCAGUAGCGACGAGGUGAGGCGGGAAUCCCUGUUCUGCCCCGAUGAGCUAGAUUCACUCUUCUCCUACUUUGAUACUGCCUCAAAGCUGCGGAGUAGUAAGUACCUCCCUCUCUUUCUCCCUCUCCCUCCCUCUCUCUUUCUCCCUCUCCCUCUCUCUCCCUCUCUUUCUCUCCUUCCCUCUGAGCUGUCCUUGUGCCUCCUUCUCACCUGCCCAGUGUCCUGCUUGGCGCUUCCCUUUGCCUGUCCUUCACCUGCUUGUUGUGUACACCUUGGAAGGGAACCGGAGAAUAGAUGAGCCUGCAGGAUCAGGCCAGUGGCCCCUCGGGUCCAGCAUCCUCUUCUCACAGGGGCCAACCAGCAGUCUGUGGGAAACCAGCAAGCAGGAUCUGAGUGCAAAAGCAGCCCCCUCCCUGCAGAAUCCAGAAGCAUCUCUGCCUCUAGCUGUGGAAGCAGAGCUGAGCCCCUCUGGCUAGGAACCCUUGCUAGCCCUCCUCCUCCUCUUUUAAAGCCAUCUAGAUGGGUUACUGCCUCCUGUGGCAGGGAGUUCCACAGUUCCACUAUGUUCUGCGUGGAAAAGGGCUUACUUUUCUCUAUCCUGAAUCUUCCAAGAUUCUUCUUCUCAUUGAUUGCCCACAAUCUCUGUUACGAGAGAGGAAGGAAUUUUUUUCUCCAUUCUCUCUCAUGCAGUGCAUAAUUCUACAAACUUCCAUCAUUUCCCCCCUUACUCACCCUUUCUCUAAACUGGAAAGUGCUGCAACCAUUCUUCACAGGGGAGUCCUGCCACCCCCUUCCUUGUUUUGGCUGCCCUUUUCUGAAGGGGAGACUGAGCCUGAGAGCCGUGGGGCUUCUGGGACGGUGUUUGCUUUUCCACCCGGUGUUUGGGAGGCGAGACCCCGCUGGGGUGCUUGUGCCAUGCUGCUGUGUGGGCGUCUCACGGCCGUGCUGCUUCUUCCCACAGUGCGCAGCAACGACAGCGGCUUCCAGCACAGCAGGGAGCAGCUGGCCUCCGCCGUCUCAGCCAGCACCUUGUAUGAGCCAGGUGGGUUUUGCGGGCGGAACGCCAAUCUGGGCAGCCUGGCAUGGCCAAACCGUUGUCUCUCCCAUCCCCGCUGUGUCCCAAAGGUCUUGUUCCCUGUCCGCCACCUCCAGUCCUGACCCCAGGGGUGUACAAUCAGAGAAGUGUAGAGUUGCCACCACGAGGGUCACCCAGUCCAACCCCCUGCAAUGCCAGGAUCAAAGGAGCAUGGGGAACUGACGUUAUUUGCCUGUUUUUUGCCCUUCUGUUUGCCCUUUUCGAGCUCUUCACAAUCUCUCCGUUUCAACCGCCCUGAACAAUUUAGCCUCACCCGCAAACUUGGCCCCCUGCCUGCUCACCCCGACUCUAGAUCCUUUAUGAACAAUUUAGAAUAAGCCCAGGUCCCAGUCCCGAUCCUUGGGGACUCCGCUUUCUCCCUUUGGAGAACUGUCUGUGGAUUCCUCCCCUCUGCUUCCUGAAACUCAACCCACGAGAGGACCUCUCCUCCUCCUCUUCUUCUUCGUCUGCUAAGCUUCCUGGGGAGUCUUGGGUGAGGUGCUUUGUCCAAAGCCUUUUGAAAGUCCACCGGAUCUCCCCUCUCUGUGAAGGGUGUUUGGGGAGUCACACCACCUCCUCCUCCCCCUUUCCAGAGGCUGAAAGGCCUGAGGCUGCUGCUUCCGCAUCCCAAGACGCCCGUCCAGAUGUUCCGGGGCUGCAGCUGUACUUGGCCUCCUUCCAAAAGAGCCUUCCUGGCAUGGCCGAGGCGCUGGCGCACGGGGCGGACGUCAACUGGGUCAAUGCCGCAGAGGGCAGGUCCACGCCGCUGAUCCAGGCCGUCCUGGGGGUGAGCCUUGCUUUCUUCCGGCCCCAUAGUGCCAGGCGGAGGUGGAGAGCCAGGGGGUGGGUCUGAGGCCUUCUUUGGGCUCCCAGCUCAGCUGUGGUCUUCUCCGCAGGGCUCCUUGGUCACUUGUGAAUUCCUGCUCCAGAACGGGGCCAACGUGAACCUCCGGGACGCCAAGGGCAGGGGCCCCCUCCACCAUGCCACCGUCUUGGGGCACACCGGGUAGGUCCGCUUCCCGUUGCCCUUCUUGGUGGGGGUGGGGAGGAAGGGCCUUGAGAAGCCUCUGCAUGGUGCUCAUUUUGAAGGGGCCUUUUCUGUGGGGGCUCCCCAUCCGUUUGUGGGAUGCUCCCCCAGGGAGGCUCACCAGGCGCCUUCGCUGCAUCUCUUUAGGCAAAAACGUUCUUUUUCUCCCAAGCCUUUGGCUGAUUAAACAAUCUGCAUUUUAAACUCAGGGCAAGGCCUUAUUUUUGUUUGUUUGUUACUAUGUUGUGUCUUUAUAUUGUAAACCGCCCUGUGAUCCUUGGAUGAAGGGCAGUGUAGAAAUUUAAUGAACAAUGGCAAUUAAUGAAUUAGCAGAGUAAGGGGGGGUGGCCGGGCCUGGAGGAGAGCAAGGGGGGCCCUGCUUUGUGGGAGGAGAGGCGGCAGGCAUGCAGCUGCUGGGUGACCUUGGGCCAGUCACACUUCCCUGAAGUCUCUCAGCCCCACUCACCUCACAGAGGGAGGGAGGGAAAGGAGAUUGUGAGCUGCUUUGAGACUCCUUAGGGUAGUGAUAAAACGGGAUAUCAAAUCCAAACUCCUCCUCCUCCUCUUCUUUGCAGGCAGGUGUGUUUGUUCCUGAAACGGGGCGCCAACCAACAUGCCACGGACGAGGAAGGGAAGGACCCCCUGAGUGUGGCCAUUGAAGCUGCCAACGCGGAUAUAGUGACGCUGUGAGUAAGGCUGGGCCCCUCCACCCCCAGUUGGCACCCCAGGGGCAGAGCUGCCCUGUCAGACCACAGAGCCCGUCAGCUCAGAGUGGGGCACAGUGGCCGGGGGGGGGGGGGUCGGAGUGGGGAUGGAAGAGCUCAGAGGGGCUGCCUCCCGGGCGGGUGGUGGGUGCUGCAAGACCACCCACUUCCGGUUGCGCCCCACCUCACCCUGUGCCCUCUUCCCUCUCCUCCUCACAGGCUGCGCUUAGCCAGGAUGAACGAGGAGAUGCGGGAAUCCGAGGGCCUCUACGGCCAGCCAGGUCAACCUUCCAGUAACCCCACUGAGAUGCAAUACCGGAAGUGCAUCCAGGAGUUCAUUAGCCUGCAGCUGGAUGAGGCCUGAGCGGAGCCCUUGCUGGUCUGGUGGGAGGGGCUGCCCGCCCCCCGGCACUCUGCGGCACCCAGAGCAGAGCUGGGAACGGCCCCUGCCUCUCUCCCCAGAAGGACCCUGAGUGGGCAGCCACCUCCUGCUCCAGCCGCAUCUCCGCUUCCCUCCCCCACGGGGCGCCAAGGCCCACAAAGCCCCUUUUGGCACAGCCCUGUCCAGAGAAAUGCGGGGGGGGCACGGUUUGGCCACACUGCAAAGCCAGCCUCCCCCUGCUUCAUAAUUGCACCGGAGAGUUGAGGGGAUGGGCUGCGAAAGCCCCGUCCAGCCAGUAUAUUUCAUGGAGGGGGGGCAUUGGCUACUGUAUGUGCUCUUCAGAGAAUUGAGGGAGGGUGGAGAGAUGGCAGCAGCCUGGGCAGGAUCAGGCCCGUUGCCAGGAGGAAUCAGGUCAGAGCGUUUCAGGAACCUGGGCCAAGAAAAGUCAAAAUUGCGUCCCUGCCUAAUUCUGCCUCCAAGUCCGCCUGCCUCUGCCUCCCUUGCGCUGCUUUUGCUGGCUGGGGUGGGGGGACCCCCCUGCCCCUCUCCCCAUCCCUCGAGCUUGGGACCUUUACCCGGGGGCUGCCGGGAGCCUUUGGCCCUGGGCAUUGGGGUUGACCCGGGGGCGAGGAGCUGACAAUCAAAAGCAAGGGAGGGCUGCAGUUGCUCAGGGAGCUCAGAGCUGCCCUUCCAGGGCCUGGCAGGAGCAGGAGAAGUGGGAUUUCCCUUCGCUCUUGCAAAGGUAGAUGAUGACAAGUAGCCCAGGAGGGCAGAAAUGGAGUUCCCCACCAGAGGCCCACUUCUCUCGGGGGCCACUGCAAGAGCGCAGGGCUGGGCUGCCCCGAAACAGCGGGAAGCCAGCCUGGCCGUCCAAGCCCCCUGCCCUGGCGGAGUCCGGGCUCUGCCCUCCUCCCUGAAGAGGGGGCUCUGGCAGCUGUCCCUCUGCUCCCCUCCCUGGGGGCUCCUUCCUGGCCUGGCGAGUGCUGGUGCCCCCCGUUUUCCUCUCCCCUCCUGGCCAAGCCUCGCUGGCAGAUCCACAGUCCCUGGGAGCAGGGGCCCGGGGGGGGGGCACAGAGGGUGCCCUCCCAGGGGUGGGAUAGCCGCUUUGGUGCACAGAGCGGCGCCCGCACCCUACAGCUGGGGGCGGAGCGAGCUGCAAAUGGCAGAUAUUUGGCGCACCGCCCGCCUAUGACUGCCAAAUGUCACCCCCCUUAGCGAAGACACCUGGGGCGUUCCGCCCCCACUGCACCCGCUUCUCUCCCUGGUUGGUGCCUUUUCAGUUGGGUUUGGGGCUGGAGAGCAGCGAGUCAUUUUGCACUAUUAAUGCACACAGGUCCUUUGAAUGUGUCUGGCUACUGAUCCUCGAAUGCAGCACAGUGUGAAAUUCAAGGGCACUUUAUGUUUCCUCUGUGUUCAUACGGGAGUUUCUGUUUCUUGAGUGGCCAAAACUUGAACCCAAAGAGAAUGUCCCCCGAAACAGCUUCUGCUGGGCAGCUGAGCUUUACCCAUCCAGGAGCAGCAGCACCCUGUCUGUCUCAGAGACGCUGCUCCUUGAAUGUUACCAAAGAGCACCCAGGGGUGCCUUUGGAGGGGCAAGUCUUGCCAAUGAGGCCUGGGCCCCUGGGAGGUCUUUCCCAGGCCCACUUCAGACCACGUAGCACAAAUGCCCAGCAGCAGCUCCUGUUUUCCUUGGCGGAAACUGGCAAAGGGGGUGCCCUGGGCGCCCAGUCCCCAGAGAAGCUGCUGCUGGCCCUCCUGGGCCCCCCUGGCUUGCGCCUGCCCCCCCGACUCUCCUGGGGCCGACUUGAAUGUACUGCCAGCCAGCUCUGGCCCCAGUUGCAGUCAAGGCAAUUUCAGGGCAGGCCAGGAAGUAGAAAGGGCUGGGCACUCCCCGCCAAAGCCGGCGGCCAGAAGAGACUGCUCCACCCCACGCACAAGAAUCCCAGGUCUUCCCGGACUCCUGCUGGUGGCGCUACCUCCACUCCCCAUUCCCUUGCUCAGCGCUUGGGGUCAAUUUUGGGGUGCUUCUCUUGCCUGGGUUUGUGGGAAGCUGCUUUUUUCUCCCUCCUUCCUUCCUUCCUUCCAGCAUCUUUUGUUUCUCUAACGUUGAGCUUCCUCUCUCUGGCUGCCUUUGAGGUUCUCUCCUCAGGUAGAGUCUGACUUUUUCUCAGUUGCUUUUCCAAGGCUUGGGAGCAGAUGCAGGGCGGCUUUUCUUGACAGAGAAACGGGACCCGUGAACCCCCUUGUGGGACGGGCAUUGCUUUGCCCACCUUGAGCACAUUGGGAGUCACAGCCGGGCAGGGGCAGGAUUUCCGAAGGCUUGCGGAAGCCCUUCUGGGCUGGAGUAUUAUGGUCUGGGAGGACCAGAGUCCUAAAUAAAAGCACCUUCAAGUGGUGAGGCUCUGGAGGAGACAGGGGAGGCCUCAGCGCCUGGGCCCACUUGGGGGAACCACUUUGCAAGUGAAGUUCGCAGUGCAAGUUUUAGGCAAGCAGCAGGAUGCUGGUUCUGGGGGUGUUGGAGUAGCAGGAGAUGCUCACGGUGGGAAUGCUACCCAGCUGAAGCCUUGGAUGCUUUUCUUGGGAGGGGCAGCAGAUGGCUGGGCUGCUCUGCCCCCCCCCUUCACUGAAAGCGCAAUUCUCCAAUGCCAUUUCCCCCCUCUUCCUCUUGCAGGAGAUGAAACCUACCAGGACAUCUUUCGAGACUUCUCACAAAUGGCGUCCAAUAACCCGGAGAAGCUAAACCGCUUUCAUCCGUCAGAUGUGCAGAAGCCCUGAAGGCUCCGGGGCUGGGGGGACACCAAGACUAGCCCCCGCCCCCCGCCUCCUCCUUGAAAGCUCACCCCUCCUUUUUAUACAUAAACGCUGCUUUGAGUAAUAGGUG